AUGGCGGCCUCCUUCCUCCUGCUCCUGACCUCUGUUGGCCUUUUCCUUUCAGCUCAAGGGAAGUCCUGUGGCGCUAUUGGAGACGUGCCAAAUGGACACGUGGAUUUUACUGAGGGGAUUCAGUUUGGAGACAAAUUGACAGUCACCUGCAACCCUGGACUUCCGACCAUCGGCAGCUUCUAUCCGGUCAAAGACGCGUAUGAAUACAGAGAGGUGAUCAAGUUCUCCUGUCCUGAACCUUUCACCCUGAACGGAUCGAAUUCUCUGUCCUGCUCAGAGACCGGGGUCUUUCAGCCGGCCGCCCCGAAUUGUGUCGAGGUUGAAUGUAAGGAGCCAGUUGUUGAGUUCGGUCAUUGGGAUUCCGGGUCGCGGGGCCCCUACACUCACAAGGCUACCGUCACGUUCAAGUGCAACGAGGGGUACAGGAUGAUAACUUCUGCCACCAUAAUCUGUGGGAUCAACAGCCGGUGGGAGCCUGAACUCCCAAAAUGUGAACCGGUACCAGCAGUUCAAACCACCACCACUAAAAGUCCUGAAUCCACCAAGAAGCCCACAGCAGUAACAGCAGUUCAAACCACCACCACUAAAAGUCCUGAAUCCACCAAGAAGCCCACAGUGAAGCACUGUGAACCUCCGGUGGAUCCGACCAUCGGCAGCUUCUCUCCGGUCAAAGACACGUAUGAAUACAGAGAGGUGAUCCAGUUCUCCUGUCCUGAACCUUUCACCCUGAACGGAUCGAAGUCUCUGUCCUGCUCAGAGACCGGGGUCUUUCAGCCGGCCGCCCCGAAGUGUGUCCAGGUUGAAUGUAAGGAGCCAGUUGUUGGGUUCGGUCAUUGGGAGUCGGGGUCGCGGGGCCCCUACACUCACAAGGCUACCGUCACGUUCAAGUGCAACGAGGGGUACAGGAUGACAAAUUCUGCCACCAUAAUCUGUGGGAUCAACAGCCAGUGGGAGCCUGAACUCCCAAAAUGUGAAGACGAGCGAGGGAGGACCCACCGACCCCCAUGUAGAGAGAGUUACAGUAAUCCAGCCGAGUGGUGACAAAGGCGUGGAUUACUGUCUCAAACUGCUGUCUGGAGAGAAAAGGUUUCACUUUGGCUAGCUGCCUCAGGCUAGCUGCC